AUGCUUUUCGACCUCAGUACCCUCGCUGUAUUGACUUUUGCCACUGGUCUCUCCGCCGCCCCUUAUGAGCACGGAUUCCGGGCACACAACCACGUUACUCGUCAAGCUAUUCAGGCGUUCGACAUUGGCACGUUCACUACCAACACUGACCCGACUCCGCAAAACUUGACCAUUAUCCUUCAGAGCGCCAAUCAGGGCAGCCAACCGCUCGGUGGCGGUGUGAUCCAGGCCGUCCUCAGCUCUGCUGAUGUUAUUGCCAAUCAAGCUGGAUUCACUUAA